AUGAUGGACGACUCUGAUGGUGAGCCUCUGUUCGCUUUCCAAGACUUAGACUACAUACCAUUUGGAUACAGUGGCCUUGUGGCUCCUUACAUCGAGUCGGGACCUGGGACCAUGCGGGCGGCUGCGACACUGAUGGCGCUUGAUCUUGCGCUGAAAGACGGCAAAGCAGCAACGACUGUUGUUUGCGAUUUUGGUUGCGGCGAUGGUGAAUUCCGUAAGAUGGCGAGAUAA